GUGAGGUGAGCAUGCAGCAGGCAUGCGUGCUGCUUCUGCAGGACGUGUUUGCAGUGAAGGUGAAGCGGCGGCGAGCGGCUGGUCAGCAGUCAGGGGGAGCCGUGCUCGGCCUGGCUCUCUUCUGCUGCAGAAGGAGAGAGAAGAGGCUGGAGGAGGACACAGUGCACCUCCACAAUGCCUCCUCAGAGCACACACACACUUGGUAUAACAAGCUGAAAGAACUGCUUACAGGGUUCAGCAGUCGUCCCCGGUACCUGAAGGUGUUCAUCAACCCCAGCAGCCACAAGAAGGAGGCCAUUCACAUCUACAGAGAACAUGUGGCUCCUCUUUUUAAGAUGGCUGAUAUUCACACUGACAUCACAGUGACUGAGAGGAAGGGCCAUGCUCUCUCAGUGAUCCAGGAAUGCAAACUGGAUAAAUAUGAUGGGGUGGUGUGUGUUGGUGGUGAYGGAUCAGUAGCCGAGCUGUGUCACGCUCUUGUUCUCAGAGCUCAGCUGGAUGCAAACUGUCCUGAAGAACCGGUGAAAGCUGUGCUGCCAAUAGGAAUCAUUCCUGCUGGUUCWACAGAUGUGGUUUCUUGUUCUGUUCACGGAGUACGAGACCCAGUCACAGCAACCCUCCACAUUGUUCUGGGUCACUUGCAGCAGGUGGACAUGUGCAGCUUUUCAUCUUGUGGUCAGUUGGUGCGUUUUGGAUUUUCUGCCAUGUUUGGUUUUGGUGGGUGGAGCUUAGCACAUGCAGAGAAAAAAAGAUGGAUGUCAUCCUCACGGCGACGGGAAUAUGCUCUGGUGAAGACACUGGCCAAACUAAGAUCAGAAGACUGUCAGCUGUCUUUUUUACCAGCAAAGAAAACAAACUUAUGUUUGUCUGGACAUCAAGACCAGGACCAAGUUGAAAAAGAUGACCCAGUGUCAGAGGGAAAUGAGUCCUGGAUAACCAAGCAGGGCUUGUAUUUGAACAUCAGUGUCAUGUCCAUCCCCUGUCUGAGCCCUCAUGCACCCAAAGGACUUGCUCCAAACACCAGUUUGACCAAUGGCAGUGCAUUGCUGAUCACAGUAGGGAAAGCGUCCAGAUCAGAGUUCAUCAAGCACCUGAAGAGAUACAACAGCUCUAGUGGGCAGUUCAACUUCCCCUUUGUGGAGACCCACUCUGUGUCAGCGGUGAAGCUCCACCCCUUUUCACUGGCUGGUUGUUCUGAGGAGAGUGAAGAAGAGGGAGAUGCCAAAGAAGCGCCCACCAUCCUGUCAGAGGGCGUGGCCUUACCUUGGAACAUUGAUGGAGAGCUGCUGGAGAUAGAAAGUGAAGUGCUCAUCAGGGUCCAUUCAAGGCUCAUCACUCUGUACGGGGAGGAAGUGGAUGAGGCUGAGUCGACCACCUCCUGCAACUGCUUCUGACACCAACAUGCAUUCAUCCCACAGUAACCUGACAGUUUGUCCUGUAGCAACGUCUGCUGCACGUUUUAAUCUUCUGUUACUCUGAAACUAUGUAAUUUAGGAUUAGCUUUAGUGUCAUGACUCAUGUAAAAACUACCACACAUUUAUUAAUUUUAAUCUGAUUAUGUUUUUGUGGCAUACAGUCAAUGUUUUCCUCUUUAGUUUGAGUUUCAGUUUAUUUUUUAAAAUCUGGAAUUAUCUAGGGUUAGUAUUUGAUCCUAUAUUCAUCAUAUGCAUCUUAUGCAUUCCUUUCAGUAAUAUUUUUUGUAUCAUACUUGUUAUUUUUAUAUUAGCUCACUCUGUGAUGCUUUGCUUUUUACUUUUGUAAGCACCUGUAAAAAUGUAGCCAAAUGAACUUCAGAUGUAUAGAGUAAAAAUACAUUUCCAUGUUGUGGUAGCAAACAUUUAGUACAAAAAGCAGUUGUUACAAAUGUAUUUUGACUGCAGAAUCAAUGCUACAUGGCUCAGAACUGCCUGAUUCUAUUGGCUUUACCAAAGAUGGACGUCAGUAGCAGAACUCCAACAGCUCUGUAAUUUAUCUGGAUUAGUAGAAGCUAAAAACAAACUGGUGGUGUAGUCUUUCAGAAAAACUGUUUUAAAACUCCCCAUGUCUGACUACAGAGCAACGUGCAUAAAUUUGAUUAAAAAUGAGGCAUCAUUUUUGGAAACUGGAUCAAAAAAUUUCAGGGGGAUGGAGUUUCUUUUUAAACUAUCAAAUCAUUUUGGGGUACUAAAUUACUUUUUUGUAGUUUUUUUCUUUUUUCAAAACUUUCCAUGAAAUAAAUAUGACAACUUUUAAAACUAUCUGAAAUAUAUAUGUUUUUAAUUAAAGGUCUCUGAUGGGUUUGUAGGGGUCACCCCCAGGGGUAAUAAACAUUCCCACCUGUCUUUGACCCUGGUCUCAGAAGACCUCCCUCAAAAGAGACGUUUUAUUUUCUUUAAUCAAGAUAAUAAAA